UGAUCCAAAAGGUGAGGUGAGAUGGCGGCAAUGGCGUUGGAUGGUUUCACACACCGGACGUUGGAAGUGAACGGCAUCAAGAUCCACAUCGCCGAGGCCGGGGAUGGCUCGGCCGGCACCGUCCUCUUCCUGCACGGUUUCAUGGAGCUCUGGUGCUCAUGGCACCACCAGCUCACGUCCCUCUCCCGGCGCGGCUACCGUUGCCUGGCCCCGGACCUCCGCGGGUACGGUGGCUCCUCUGCCCCGGCCUCCCCGGCCUCCUACACCGCCUUCCACCUCGUCGGCGACGUCGUCGGCCUCCUCGAUGCCCUCUCCCUCCCGCAGGUGUUCGUGGUGGGCCAAGGCUGGGGCGCCCUGCUAGCGUGGCACCUCUGCACGUUCCGGCCGGAGCGGGUGCGCGCGCUCGUGGCCAUGAGCGUCGCCUUCAUGCCGCGCAACCCCGCCGUGAGGCCGCUCGACGGGUUCCGGCGGAUUUACGGCGACGGCUACUAUCUCGUCCGGAUGCAGGAGCCGGGCCACAUGGAGGCGGAGUUCGCGAGCAUGAACGCCAGAUUCAUCUUCAAGAGGCUCUUGACGACCCGCGACACCGGCGCGACCUCUCUGUCCAAAGAAUGGUGGGGCUCGCCGGAGGAGGAGAUCGCGCUACCGCCGUGGCUUUCCGAGGAGUACAUCGACCACCUCGCCGCCAAGUUCGACGAGACGGGGUUCUCCGGCGCUAUGAACUUCUACCGUUGCCUGGAUCUGAACUGGGAGCUGAUGGCGCCAUGGACGGCGGCCAAGGUGGCGGUGCCGACCAAGUUCGUGGCCGGGGAGACGGCGAUGGCCCACAAAAACAAGGCGGCGCAAGAGUACAUCCUCAACGGCGGGCUCAAGGGCGACGUGCCUGGGCUGGAGGAGGUGGCGGUGGUCGCCGGCGGCGGGCACUACCUCCAUCUGGAGAAGGCGGAGGAGGUCACCGAGCAUAUUUACGACUUCAUCAAAAAGUUCUGAAUGCGCAUGCCAGCGGCCUGUAGGUGAAUAACAGGGGUUCUGAUGUUUCAUUUGGUGUGCUGUGCUGGUGUGUUUUGAUUGGUACAUGAACAUCAAGCCAGGCCAUACUCUAUACAUCUCUUCUCAGCGUAUUGCACUCUGCGAAACCAAAACAAGAGAGAAGAUAUAAGCAUCACUCAGCGUAUUGCAGCCUGCGAUGCCAGCGCCAAUAAAAUUGGAAGCGGAGCUUGAACGUUCACCGAUGCCUGUUGAAUAAAUAAACUAUGAGAAGUACAACUUCGAGUCGCAA